UGAUGUGGUUUCGGCCACACUAAUCCCGCCACUCGCGCCCACUAGAUGGCUCCACUCACUGGCAGCGAGAGAGAAGAAAAAUCAAUAGAAAUUUUCAUUUUAGUGGAACUGCUCUGCAUUCGGCAAAAGUUAAUAACAAAUCGCGGCGAUCAGCGAGGCGAAGCGCCCAGGCAGGUGGAGUUACAUAAAGUUCGUUACCGCCAAGCGACCCACACAUUCCGAAGCCAACACCCCGCAUCGCCUUGGGCCAAAUAAAAAAAAAAAAGGGAGGCCAAGAGACGCUCCGCGAAACUCCGAUCUCCUCCUCCUCCUCGUCGUCCGCCUAAGAAAUUCCAAAGCGAGCUCCAACGAUUUUCCCCACGGCUUCUGCUGCUGCUGCUCUAAAAUAAUCAGAAAAGGCGAGAAAGCGAGACUCUGGUCAGAGAAGGUCCGGAAGCGGCAAGAGAGACAAGGCGGCACAUACCGAGCAAAUACUAUAUAUCUCCGAUCCGACGUCGAGUUCGAGCGAUAAGAGCGCCUCGAGACUCGACCGCCUCCCAUCGAACAUUUUCUUGCGACCCCAGUUUGCAUAAAACCAGCGAAAAUUAACAAGCUAACUACAAUGGCGCCGGUGCGGGGGGAUGGCAUGAGAGGCCUGGCCGUCUUUAUAUCGGAUAUAAGGAAUUGUAAAAGUAAAGAGGCGGAGGUGAAGCGCAUCAACAAGGAGCUGGCCAACAUUAGGAGCAAGUUCAAAGGAGACAAAACCCUAGAUGGUUAUCAAAAGAAGAAAUAUGUCUGUAAGCUGCUCUUUAUAUUUCUACUGGGUCACGACAUCGACUUUGGCCAUAUGGAGGCGGUUAACUUGCUGUCCUCCAAUAAAUACUCAGAGAAGCAGAUUGGCUACCUGUUCAUUUCGGUGCUGGUGAACACGAAUAGCGAUCUGAUCCGACUGAUCAUCCAGUCGAUCAAGAAUGAUCUGCAGUCGCGUAAUCCGGUGCACGUGAAUCUGGCACUGCAGUGCAUCGCCAAUAUUGGUAGUCGGGACAUGGCCGAAUCGUUCUCGAACGAAAUUCCCAAGCUGCUCGUCUCGGGCGACACCAUGGACGUGGUGAAGCAAUCGGCGGCGCUGUGUCUGUUGCGUUUGUUCCGCUCCUCGCCGGAUAUUAUACCCGGCGGUGAGUGGACUUCGCGCAUCAUUCACUUGUUGAAUGAUCAGCAUAUGGGCGUGGUCACAGCAGCCACCUCGCUGAUCGACGCCUUGGUGAAGCGCAAUCCGGACGAGUACAAGGGAUGCGUAAAUCUGGCCGUCUCUCGCCUAUCCAGGAUAGUUACGGCAAGCUAUACUGAUUUGCAGGACUAUACUUACUACUUUGUUCCGGCACCGUGGCUGUCUGUGAAGCUUCUUAGGCUCUUGCAGAACUACAACCCCGUGACCGAGGAGGCGGGUGUUCGGGCUCGGUUGAACGAAACCUUGGAAACGAUCCUUAACAAGGCCCAGGAGCCGCCAAAGAGCAAGAAAGUGCAGCAUUCGAAUGCCAAGAACGCCGUACUCUUCGAAGCCAUCAACUUGAUCAUUCACAGCGACAGUGAGCCGAAUCUAUUGGUGCGCGCCUGCAACCAGCUGGGUCAGUUCCUCAGCAAUCGGGAAACCAACUUGCGCUAUCUGGCUCUCGAAUCCAUGUGCCACCUGGCUACCUCGGAGUUCUCGCAUGAGGAGGUGAAGAAGCACCAAGAAGUCGUUAUUCUCUCGAUGAAGAUGGAGAAGGAUGUGUCGGUCCGUCAGAUGGCGGUGGAUCUAUUGUACGCCAUGUGCGAUCGUGGCAAUGCCGAGGAAAUUGUUCAAGAGAUGCUCAACUAUCUGGAGACGGCCGACUAUUCCAUUCGCGAGGAGAUGGUCCUCAAGGUGGCCAUUCUCGCUGAGAAGUACGCCACGGAUUACACAUGGUAUGUGGAUGUAAUCCUUAACUUGAUCCGUAUCGCUGGCGACUAUGUGUCGGAGGAGGUGUGGUACCGUGUUAUCCAGAUAGUUAUCAACCGCGAGGAGGUACAGGGCUAUGCUGCCAAGACAGUGUUUGAAGCCCUUCAAGCGCCAGCUUGCCACGAGAACAUGGUCAAAGUCGGUGGCUAUAUUCUCGGAGAGUUUGGAAACCUGAUCGCCGGCGAUUCUCGUUCAGCGCCGUUGGUGCAAUUCAAGCUGCUGCACUCGAAAUACCAUCUGUGCUCGCCGAUGACGCGGGCACUGCUGCUCUCGACCUAUAUCAAGUUCAUUAAUCUGUUCCCGGAGAUUCGUACUAACAUCCAGGACGUGUUCCGGCAACACAGCAAUCUUCGGUCCGCUGAUGCGGAACUUCAACAGCGAGCCAGCGAGUAUCUGCAGCUGAGCAUUGUGGCAUCGACGGAUGUGCUGGCCACCGUACUGGAGGAGAUGCCAUCGUUCCCGGAGCGUGAGAGUUCGAUUCUAGCGGUGCUGAAGAAGAAGAAGCCUGGCCGGGUGCCAGAGAACGAGAUUCGGGAAUCGAAGAGCCCAGCACCGCCAUCAGUGGCACAGAAUCAGAACAAUGCCCACGUGAACAACUCGCACAGCAAGCUGAACAACAGCAAUGCGAACACUGAUCUCCUUGGGCUGAGCACACCACCAUCGAAUAAUAUCGGGAGCAAUAGCAACAGCACCCUCAUCGACGUCCUUGGUGACAUCUAUGGCAAUAGCAACAAUAACUCCAACGCUGUCUACAACACCAAAAAGUUUCUCUUCAAAAACAAUGGAGUUCUGUUCGAGAACGAGAUGCUGCAGAUCGGUGUGAAGAGCGAGUUCCGUCAGAAUUUGGGUCGUUUGGGGUUAUUCUAUGGCAACAAGACUCAGGUUCCGCUAACGAACUUCAAUCCCGUACUGCAGUGGUCCGCUGAAGAUGCGCUCAAGCUGAAUGUGCAGAUGAAGGCGGUCGAGCCGACCCUGGAGGCCGGCGCCCAGAUCCAGCAGUUGCUCACAGCCGAGUGCAUCGAAGAUUAUGCCGAUGCGCCCACCAUCGAGAUCAGUUUCCGCUACAACGGCACCCAGCAAAAGUUCAGCAUCAAGUUGCCGUUGAGCGUUAAUAAGUUCUUUGAACCAACCGAAAUGAAUGCAGAAUCCUUCUUUGCCCGAUGGAAGAAUCUCAGCGGGGAGCAACAACGGGCACAGAAAGUGUUCAAGGCUGGCCAGCCGCUGGAUCUGCCUGGUGCCCGCAACAAGCUGAUGGGCUUCGGCAUGCAGUUGCUGGAUCAGGUCGAUCCCAAUCCAGACAACAUGGUAUGUGCGGGCAUCAUACACACGCAAUCCCAGCAGGUAGGGUGUUUGCUGCGAUUGGAGCCGAAUAAGCAAGCUCAGAUGUUCCGGCUGACGAUUCGGGCAAGCAAAGAGACAGUGACCCGGGAGAUAUGUGACCUGUUGUCGGAUCAGUUCUAAGCCACAAUCAUGGACGGCGGGGAAGGGAGUUGGGGUCGAGUUGGGGCUACGAAUGCCACUAAGCCACGGCGGCAACCACUUUAUAAUGCACAAUCCCAAUCAGCUAGAUAAAUAUCAGAGCAGAACGGUCCCUUUAGUUAUUGCCAGCGCCGCUCCCAUCUCUUAAUACACGUACCUUUCGUAUCAUCUCCAGGAGCAACGGAGAGAGCUUUACCAACCUGUCUGUCUAUCUGUCCUGAUUCCAGAUCCAGAUAUCUGAUUCCUGUCUUACGUUUAUAUAUUUGAAUAAUACUUUGUUUUUGUAAUCCCUACCCCCCCACUUUCCCUACACUAUCCAAUUUCAAUCCCCGUAUCACCUCUACACCCGAAUCCGUAUCAGAAUUCUUUGUAAAUGUUAAGCUCAAAAAGUUCAUAGUAGUGCGAAGCGAAGAGAACAUAAUUAGAUUAUGUUUAAAUGUAUGACAAAUUAUAUAUUGUUGCAUCAUUUCGAGGCAGUAGCAAUUGGAUAUUAUAUACCUAUUAACACAGAUAUACAUUCAUACAAACCACAUACAUAUACCUAGUAUAUACGUCGUUGUAAUAAAAAACAGAAAACCAAUACAAAAAUCUAAGAAAAAAGGGAUAAACUUUGCUUGCAAGCAAAACUAUUAAACUGCAUGCAAAUGACAACAACAAGAAAAUAUGCGAAUCGUUAUCUAAAUAUUUAUACAUAUAUUGAUUAUUGCAAUUGCAUCCAAAACGAAAUUCAUGUUUAGUGUUUUUUGAUUGUGAUCCUGUGAUCCUGUGAUCCUGUGACCCCGAUCCUGAUCAUUACAACAAAAUAGACAAAUAACUAGAGGAUGGAUCAUCAAAAAUUUACUCUUUUUUGAUUAAUCAUUGUUGAGAAAACUUGAAAAAUUAAAAAAAUAUGAAAAUUUAAUAGAGAAAAAAUGAAGGGAAAAAAAUCAUUCAAUAUAAUUAUUAAUAUAAUUAUUAAUAGCAGAAUUUCUCAAUUGAUCCUGCGUAUUAUUUCGUUUCGUAUGUGUACCAUAGAUAAAGCUGAGGAUAUAAACUAAAUGUUGUGCCGCUUCCUUGGAAGGGGAAUCGAUCUAUAUCGAUCUUAUAUAGCACCAAGUAUUAUCUUAGCCGAUUGCAUCAGCAGUAGCGAGCCAUACAGAAUCUGCUGGGAAUCAUGAAUAAUAACCUCGAUGGCGGCUCGAGGCGAUGGCAGCCGAUUAUGAACAAAGAAUUGUAAACUAAAAUAUACAUUAUAUAGAUACUGAUACCGAAUACCGAUUUACCGAUACUGAAAAUUACUGGUCGUCGUUUCGUAUAUACUUAUUAUCACUCAAAACUCUCAAUAUCUUUCGUAUCCAUGUCGUCAGUUUGGAAGUGCAAUAGUUAAUUGUUACAAAAAUUCCACAAAAAUUCCAUUAAAACACAAAAAUACACUGAGACAAAAACAAGAUUGACAUCAGAAUGGAGAAAACACAACUACAUAUAGCAAAUGCAGGAAUUUAACUGUAAACGUAAAUAAAUAUGUAUUUAAAUAAACAAAUAAAUAAAGAAUGGUUUAAAUUUCAA